CUGGAGGCGGCAACACAACCUCCCGGAGCUCGGUCCGCUUCUCCCGGCUUUCUCGACGGUCAUGCGACGGACUUCCAACGCGCAACUUCAUUCGGAUUACAACUUUUGUGAUUUAUUUUUUAUUUUUUAAUUGAAUACUGAAGAGACUAAAGCCAGCAUGGGGGACUAGCGAGGACUGAGCCUCUGUUACCCCCUUCCAGCCAUAUUUCUAUUUUUUUUUUUAUUAAUCCACUUUUUCCCUCCACUAAGAGCAUGGAUGGUUGUCCAUUGCAGCUGGUGAUAUUCCUCUGGUGCCUGUUGGUGAUUUCCGCCUCCAGCUUCGAGAUCGGCUCCUACGAGCUGGAGCGAGGCAGACCGGCCAAGUGCGAGGCCAUCUCCAUCCCCAUGUGCGAGGGCAUCGGCUACAACCUGACCCGCAUGCCCAACUUCAUGAACCACGACGACCAGAAGGAGGCGGCCAUCAAGCUGAACGAGUUCGCCCCGCUGGUGGCGUACGGCUGCGACGCGCACCUCCGCUUCUUCCUCUGCUCCCUCUACGCGCCCAUGUGCACCGACAAGGUGUCCACCUCCAUCCCCGCCUGCCGGCCCAUGUGCGAGCAGGCGCGGGAGAAGUGCGCCCCCAUCAUGAAGAAGUUCAGCUACACCUGGCCCGACUCGCUGGACUGCUCCAAGCUGCCCACCAGGAACGACCCCAACGCUCUGUGCAUGGAGGCGCCGGAGAACGAGACCAGAAUGGAGGGCAAGAAAGGUGAGGGCAUGCUCCCCGUUCCCCCUCGGCCGAGGCAGCCGGGCACCGGCGGCGGGCGCUCGACGGGCGGCGGCGGCGGCGGCGGCUCAUGCGAGAACCCGGACAAGUUCCAGUUCGUGGAGAAGAGUCAGUCGUGCGCGCCGCGCUGCUCCCCCGCCGUGGACGUGUUCUGGUCCAGGCGGGACAAGGACUUUGCCUUCAUUUGGAUGACGGUGUGGUCCAUCCUGUGCUUCGUCUCCACUGCCUUCACCGUCCUCACCUUCCUCCUGGAGCCCCACCGUUUCCAGUAUCCGGAGCGGCCCAUCAUCUUCCUCUCCAUGUGCUACAACGUCUACUCCGUGGCCUUCAUCAUCCGCUCGGUGGCCGGCGCCGAGAACAUCGCCUGCGACCGGGAGCACGGCGAGCUCUACAUCAUCCAGGAAGGGCUGGAGUCCACGGGCUGCACCAUCGUCUUCCUCAUCCUCUACUACUUCGGCAUGGCCUCCUCCAUCUGGUGGGUCAUCCUCACCCUCACCUGGUUUCUGGCCGCGGGGAAGAAGUGGGGCCACGAGGCCAUCGAAGCCCACAGCAACUACUUCCACAUGGCCGCCUGGGGCAUCCCCGCUCUGAAGACCAUCGUCAUCCUCACCAUGAGGAAGGUGGCCGGGGAUGAGCUGACGGGGCUGUGCUACGUCGGCAGCAUGGACUCGGGGGCGCUUACCGGGUUCGUCCUCAUCCCCCUCUCCUGUUACCUGGUCAUCGGCACGUCCUUCAUCCUCACCGGCUUCGUGGCGCUCUUCCACAUCCGCAAAGUCAUGAAGACGGAGGGCACCAACACGGAGAAGCUGGAGAAGCUGAUGGUGAAAAUCGGCAUCUACUCCAUCCUCUACACGGUCCCCGCCACCUGCGUCAUCGUCUGCUACUUCUACGAGAGGCUCAACAUGGACUACUGGAAGCUGAGAGGCCUGCAGGGCACCUGCGGCGCCUUCAACGGCCACGGCGGCGACUGCUCCCUGCAGGAGUCCGUCCCCACCGUGGCCAUCUUCAUGCUGAAGAUCUUCAUGUCUCUGGUGGUGGGCAUCACCAGCGGGGUGUGGGUGUGGAGCUCCAAGACCCUGCAGACCUGGCAGGGCCUGUGCAGCAGGAAGCUGACGGACAGGACUAGCGGCAGGAAGCCCUGCAGCGGGGUGAGCUGCAGCAGCACCCACUGCCACUACAAAUCACCCGCUGUUGUUCUGCACAUGGCCAAGACAGACCCGCACGCAGACUGUCCCACUAAUGUCUGACACCCGCAAACGUGUGUGUGUGCGUGUGUGUGUGUGUGUGUGUGAGUGUGUGUCCCAUACAAAGAGCUGCUAAAAAGACACACAAAGUACACUAACAGUAUUCAGUGCAUUCGCCAUAUUGUCCUAAAUACCAGCGUUUGUUUGUUUUUUUGCUCUACAGUAGUACCUCAACUUACAUGCUUAAUUGGUUCUGGGACCGAGCUCUUAACUCAAAACACUUGUAUCUCAAAUCAACGUCUUUCACUGAACUUAAUCGAAAACAGUGCUUUUAGAUAAGAAGUAUUGUAGAAUGCAGUACAGACAACUACAACAGUUUGAUGAAGUACAGUCGUCCCUCGUCACAUCGCACUUCAUAUGUAUUAUCACACAUUUUAAAAAAAUAUUAUUGCAUAUUUUAAAACAAUUUUGGCCCGAAAUUAGGCAUUUUCAAGCAUAAACAUGGAAAAAUUAACUAAAUCCAUACAGCAGCAGUAUGAGCCACUUGAGGAGAUGAGACCAAUAAAAAUACGCUGUCCACUGAUUGGCUCAGCCUCAGCCAGCAUUGCUGUAUAGUCUCUGCAACCUGGGGUCAGGCCAAGCUCCACCAGAUUAGAAAAAAGCUUCUAUUUAUAUUACGUUGCUUCAGUUUAUCAUUCAAUAAUUGUAGAGUAACUAAUAAAAUGUAUAAAAUCCAGACUUUAAAUUAUACAUAGUUUCCGCACGGCUGCUGCAAAAGAGCAAACAUGAAAGCGGUGGUGUGUGGGUGCUAUGAUCUGCCUGGGACCAGAGUACGCUGUUCGGUAUCGUGGCGACUAAUUGGCUCGGCCCGAGGCAGCAUUGCUAUAUUGGAUUAAAUGAGUGUAAAGGUGACUAAAAUUUGUUAUUUUAUGUAUUAAGGGCUCUUAUGUGGAAAAAAUAUUUAGAAGGUCGCAAACAAGUUUUUUAUUACGCCUCUUGCUACCACAAUAGGUGAUUUAUAAAUAUUGAUUCCUAUUUUUUCCACAACCAUGUCCGAUAAACGAGGGACGACUGUCAUUUGAAAAUAAUGUGGGAAGCGGAAUCCUACAAUAUUUCAUUCGAGCUGCUUCUCUGUCAAUUACACCAUCAGCAGCUUUUCCAUAUUCUUUUGGGUAAAUGUCUGCCAUUUGAUAUUUUUUUAACAUCCAUUGCUGGUGUUAUACUCGUUCUGCUGCAGACUCGCAGUGAUACACAUUAAUUGCUGUGAUGAUUGAUUUCUUUAAUUCAAUGAGUAUCAUGCACUGUCCUUCACACUCACUUUCUUACUUCCCCUGCUUGGAACAACGAAGAUCUCUUGUUUAAAGCUAAUGCUAGCGGGUAAGACCAGAUGUUUUGGGCGGACUGUGGCAUUUGCGUGCAACUCCAAUUUUUUGCUUGCAACUUAAAUGAGUCAAAAAGGCAGCUCUUAUCUCAAAACACUCUUAAGUUGAGGUACCACUGUCAUUCUUUUGUCAGAUUUCUGCUCUGCACUGUAACGUACUGUGCCGUUUGAAGCUAUGGCGGGAGGUUUUACCCCCACCCUCAAAGCAGCACAAUUGUAUAAAAUCUGUAUAAAUGUUUAUUUAUUGUAAAUAUAUUUAAUUUAAGUUCAUCUUACGGGAGAUAAAGUGCCUUUUAUAAGAACACCGGUGCAUGUUUUAUUAUAUUAUUUUGGAUGACAAUAAAUUUG